AACUUCUCACCUGACCAGAACACGCAAGUCCGGAAUCGGUAGCGGUGCCUACCGCUUCUCUGUACUCUUCCGUCCAGCCAGAGUUAAGGUUAGGCCCGGUUUAUAGGUAGAGAAUGACUGCAGAAAUGUCGGAUUUUCAUGACAUGUGGCAGGAUAUUGAAAGCGUACUUCUAGGAGACAGCGGACAAAUAGAAAACAGAAAUCAGCAAUUGAUGGCAUCGUAUGAAGAUGAGAGAAAUUCUUUAGUAACUACUGACAUAGCUCAUUCUCAAAUGUAUCAAGUCCCUCAACAAGCUAACAUUAUCGCAGAUUGUUCGAAUCGUGAUAACAAUAACAAUAAUUUAUAUACAGAUUCCAUCCGUAGAUCGAUUUCCAACGGUUAUUAUUCAAAUGAUAUGACUUAUUGCAGCGUGUAUAAUGGAAAUCAGUAUACAUGUAACAAGUCGGGAUACGAAGUUGUAACUGAUAUAAAUCAAACUAAGGGAUACUGUACCCAAUGGAAUAGCUAUCAAGCAAAUUUUCAAGCAGUUUCUCAAAUGUCACCCCCGGCAUCACCCGAAAAUACGGUAUAUAAUCAAGCUGCAAAUUACCAAUCGUUGGAGCACGGAUGCCAUCAGUAUCCACUACGGCAUCCUCAAGUGCCUACGCAUUUCCGGUUAGUAACACCACCCUCUUCGCCCCAUCUAGCAGUGAAUGGCACUGCAACUUAUUGUCAGCAAUCGGGUGGAUUAGGGAUUCCAAACACCCCAGUUUUACCACCUCCACCCUCGGUUAGAGCUCGAAGAGGACGUAGAAGUACGGGACGUAAGAAAGUAACUAUACACACAUGCACCCACCCGGGAUGCAACAAAACUUAUACCAAAAGUUCUCAUCUGAAAGCUCACCUGAGGACCCAUACGGGUGAGAAACCGUAUCAAUGCACGUGGAAAGGUUGUGGAUGGAAGUUUGCAAGAUCUGAUGAACUUACUCGACAUUUUCGGAAGCACACGGGAGAUAGACCGUUUCAAUGUAGACUAUGCGAGAGAGCCUUCUCUAGAUCCGAUCACCUAUCUCUACACAUGAAACGACAUACUACAGUUUAGUCCACUUUUAAACUUUGCUCAAAAAUAUUUCAUAUUUUUCCAUUCUAGUCAAGAGACAUUAUAUAAGCUGCUAUUGUUAAUAGUUGUGGUAUGCACAAGCCACGUCAAUUUUCUCGGUAAGUAUACAUACGUACGUUUUUUUAUUUUUUUAUUUUUUAUAAUUAAAGCGAGGAUGUGGUAAAGUAAGAAUAAUUUACGACUUCCUGGCUUUAACAGUGCACAAUAUGUAUACAAUACAUAAGAUAAAUGAUAAUUUAUAAGAAACUCUACAUAAUCAUUUCCAAAAGACAAGUUAGGAAAAAAUAAUAAAUAAAACAAAAAUUUAUAGAGUUAAAAUAUGAUCUUUAUUAAUUUUCAAAACAAUAAUCUAGAAUCUAGAAUAAAUUUAAAGAUUUAAAAUCCUGUUUUGAAGAUAUAAUCCGAUAGUACUUAUGGAAAUGAAAUGUAUAUUGACCUCUAGAGUGUACAUACAUCAAGGUACUGGCCUAAAUACCUAAACAACAGAAACCACUAAAAGUUUAGAUGUAUAAAUUUUUAUUAUUUCUAAAUUUAAAAGCAGGAUAUCCUGUUAAAAAGAGCUAAUUUUUUUUUAAAGUCUUAUUAUUUAAUACUACAGAAGGAUCUAAACUAUGAUUCAUUUUGGUAAAUUUCCUUCAUAAAAAAAUAUAUAUAUAAAGUUCAUAAAUAUCUUAAAUUAAGAUUUUUUUUUGGAUUUAAAUAAUUUAUUUCUUUCAUUUUUAUAUGUAUAAAAAUUUUGUUUAGAAAUUCCUUAAAAUACUAAGGGUGGAGUUCUGUUUUCUUUUUACAUUCUUGAC